UCCUUCUAAUUCGAUGCAAAUUUUGUAAUGGCUUCCUGUUCUGCCUCCACACUGUGAAAGAAUUUAUUAAAUUUUCAACAUUAAAAAUGACCAAAAAUCAUAUAAAAAAUGUGACAUUUUGUGCGUUAACAUAUCGCAAAGUGCAUCAACAUAAAUAAAACCUAAUUGCACAGUGAAUUUCCAGUGAAAUCAUAAAAUUACUCUGACCAUAUUUUCCAGUUUGUUGUUUUUUUUUUUCUUCACAUCUUUACACCAACCAACCUAAACCUAACUUACUUGCAUUCUUCUGCUUUUUGUUGUUUCCAUGUGCACUUGUGCUUUUGUGCACUUAGUUUAGUUUUCUGCUAGUGGAAUUCAUAGAAAUUAGUUUUUAAAAAAUAUUUUUGUUGUUAAAACUAUGGAUGAGCGAACACUAAAUGAUCUGCUUGAGUGUUCUGUUUGCCUGGAGCGCCUGGAUACGUCCUCGAAGGUUCUGCCUUGUCAACAUACCUUCUGUCGAAAAUGCCUUGAGGUGAUUGUCGCAAGUCGACAGGAACUCCGCUGUCCGGAAUGUCGCGUGUUAGUCGAUAUAAAAAUAGAUGAGUUGCCACCCAAUGUAUUGCUUAUGAGAAUUUUGGAAGGUAUGAAAAAUGCAGCAGCAAAUCUGCAUAACAUAAAUAAAUCUCCUAAAAUAAUAAACACCCCAAUGGUGCAUCCUGAUGGUGGGGGACAUGUGGGUGGAGUUGGUGUUGGUGGUAUGACUAUAAUGAGUGUUGCAGAUCAACGUAUACCAAAUGUAAAUGCGAAUCAAAAAGAUAAAUUCAUAAAAUGUCCAGAUCAAAUGAUUCAGUCCGCACCACCCACCCAACAACAACAUCAACCAAAAACGAAUAGCAUCAAUGACUUACACCAACAACAACAGCUACAUCAAUCAUUUCCACCAAAUCCACAGCAACACCAUCAACAACAACAGCAACACAAUUCACAAUCCCAACAAAACCCAUCAAAUGCUAAUAAUGAACGAGGCUAUGUACCACGUGUGUUUGCUCUGUAUGAUUUCCAGUCUAAAGAACCCAACGAUUUGUCCUUCAAGAAAGGUGACGUAAUUCUUCUUCGGAGGAAAGUCGAUGCCAAUUGGUUUGUUGGCGAACUAAAUGGUCGCGAAGGAACAUUCCCACUUAACUAUGUUCAGGUAAUAGUGCCAUUGCCUGUGCCACAGUGUAUAGCACUGUAUGACUUCAAAAUGGGACCAAACGAAGAAGAAGGUUGCCUCAAUUUCAAGCGAGGCACAAUGAUUCAUGUUCUUCGGCGAGUUGACCACAAUUGGGCUGAGGGUCGCAUCGGAUCUUGCAUUGGAAUUUUCCCUAUAGCCUUUGUGGAGAUGAAUGCUUUGGCUGAACAACUCCUCGAUGGGAAUCUUCAAAUUCAAACUAAUAACCACCAGCAGCAGCAGCAAAUGUCCAAUACAACGCCCCGAAAUCUUCCUCCGAUACCUUUUGAGUCUAGUGCAAAUGAUUCGACCAGCAGUUCAUCUACAGUUACUACCACGAGUCCGAAUUCGACUUGUAGCAGUAAUUCUAGUUCGAAUUCGAUUCCUAGUAGUCCCGUUUCGAAUCCUACAUCGCCACAGAACAAUCCAGCUGUCAAAUAUCGGGAUUAUAAGGAGAAAAGACAUUCUUUGAAUGCACUUACUUCGGGAGCAGGCCUCAGCAUCAUCCAAUCCAAUCGUCACUCAGCUGAAAUACUGAGUGUUCCAGUUGCGUCGUCAGCAGUACAAGACGGAAGCUCUAAUCAGAUGCAAGGUGGUGGACCUACUGCCCAAAGUGCAAGCACGUCGACAAGAGGCCAUAAUGGUGGCGGAUCAACGAUGCGUGAUCAAUCGUCAGCACCUACACAAAGUCGGGUAAAUGUCCUAAAAACUGGAGGUCAACAGAAUGUUCCACCAUCGCUUCCAUGGGGCUAUCUUGCGUUGUAUCCAUACAAACCGCGGAAAACUGACGAGCUCGAACUCAAGAAAGGCUGUGUAUACAUCGUUACAGAGCGAUGCUUGGAUGGGUGGUUCAAGGGCAAAAACUGGCAGGAUAUGUCGGGGGUGUUUCCGGGCAACUACGUAACUCCCUUGCGGAGUCGCGAUCAACAGCAGUUAAUGCAUCAAUGGAAAUUUGUUCAGAAUAGCCAACCAGCUUCUUCGCAAGUUCAAAGCCAAAACACAAAUCAGACCACAAAUAACGGCCCUGCACCGAAUCCCAUGAACAUUUUAGAGAACAUUAAUAUUCGACUAUGUCAGAUGUCAAGUGUUCCUCAUCAACCGCCAGAGCUUCCACCACGCAGUGCUGGUGGGGGACCUUCAACUUCGUCAUCUUCUUCUUCGGUAUGGACAAAACCACUCGGCCAUCAUAUGGAAUCAUUUUUCGGACGAAAGUCAGUAAAUGGCCAACAACAAAACCAACAACAACAACAUGCUGUGGCUUUAGCAGCGCAAACAGGUAAAAGACUAGCCAACAAAGACUCCAAGGAAAAGCACAGUGGACAAGAGAAAGACAAGCAGAAAGACCAACAACACACACCAUCGUCAUCUUCAUCGGCUGUGAGUCUGAUGAAGAGGCUGACCAACAUCAAACGUUCCAAAUCGCCAAGUUCGAAUCAUGUGACUAAUAAUCAAACAGUCAACACCUACUCCAUGGAUAAUCCAUCCUUUGAAGACAAUGUAGCGACAACUAACCAAACUUCUGCAAAUGCACAUCAAGGAACAGCACAAUUACCACCCCAACAGCCUAACACAUCAAAUGAGCGUGUAAUGAAUAGCAAUGCAGCUUUGCAUCCUGUUCACGUUAGAUCUGGGUCCUGUCCAAGCCAACUGCUGCAAAGUCUCCCCGUGGAUUUGAAUAAUGGUAGCGGAUAUGUUAAUAAUGAUGCAAACCAGUCGUCCUUCGGAUCACAGAGGCUUAAAGGCAACAAAGAACGACCACAGUUGCAAGGUCUUCGGCAACAUGUGGAUGGUACAUUUCGACUGGCAGCACCAGGUGGCGGCACAUCUUUACUUAUAAGCACUUCAUCCAACAACCCAACGAGUAAUAUACUUUUGAACAAGUGUCAGCAAUCAGUGUCCUCAUCCGCCGCACAAAUGCCUGUAGUAAUUCAUCAUAGGAAAUCGCAAAGUCUGGAUGCCAAUACCAUUUCAACCCAAAUGAGCAACAAUUCACCAGGAGGUGGGGGCGGAGGUGGGAAUGGAAGUGGAGCUGGGAAAGGAUCUUCACACAUCCGAGAAAGCAGGUUCCGAUGUAUCGUAUCUUAUCCACCCAAUAGUGAGCUUGAGCUAGAACUGAAUGUUGGGGACAUUGUGUACGUGCAUAGGAAACAAAAAAACGGUUGGUACAAAGGAACUCAUUCUCGAACGAAUAAAUCGGGACUAUUUCCGGCUUCUUUUGUGGAGCCCGAUAUAUAAAUAAGUUAAAUUCUUGCAUUUCUUUUAUUAUUAUUAUUUUUUUUUUAUUUCAUUCAGUUUUUUUUUUUUUUCAUAUUAAUAAUGCUUUAAAUUGUUACAUACGGUUUUAAAUAUUUAUCCCAUCUUUCAUAGACAAAAACAAAAUUGUUAUAUACAUGGAUACUCUUUUAAAAAUUUCAUACACCCCUCUCACUUUUUAAAACAAACAAUUUACAAAGUGAAAUAUCCUCUGACAAAUUUCACAAAAUGGAUUUUUAUUAGAACGUUCAUACAUAAAGUAUUUGUAUGAAUCAAAUAGCGGCCUAAAUUUUUAUUUAAUCACCUGGGUUUUUUAUCAUAUCUUGGGUUUUCACACUUGCUCUUGACAUGAACUAUCAGAGUUUUAAGUGUAACGUAAAUUAAAGUGACAACCUAAGCAAAGUGCUGGCCACUUAUUUCGUCAUGUUGAUCGAAUCAAUGACUUGAAUUGUAUUGUAGAAUGCAUAAUUUGUCAACAAGAAACCUAAAUAAAACAAAAGGCCGUUCUUCUGAAAUUUAUUAUAAACCCAUUGCAAAAUUACAUAUUUACAUUUACACAUUUUUUAGAAUUUACUUAACAAACAUACAGAACAAUAUUAUUUCAAUUAACUUAAUUAUGACCUUAACAUGCCAUUUUAAAAUCUUUCCUUCAAUACUCUUUACAAAUUGAUUUGAAUUAUUUUAAUUCGUAACAAGUAAAGCACUCAAAAACAAUUGUUUUAAAGUUGUUUUUCGACGUACAUUUGUAUUUCUAACCAACCAAACCAAAGCAUUUAGAAAACAUUGCCUUAUCAAUAACAAUUUAAACAAACUGCCCCACGAACUACAUACAUAUUUAUUUUAUUUUCUAAAUCCCUUUUGUUAUAAUUUUGUAUCUUGAAAAACAAAAAUUAAAAAAAAAAACAGAAUCUCUAUUGACAUAGUGAUUAAAAAAAAAAACAAACAAAACAAAACUUUAUUGCAAUAUUCUUUAAAAGAAUCUUUUUGAAUAUUUUUUUUUAUUUUUAUUUUAAUUUUAAGCAAAAAAAGAAAAUAAUAUCUAUGAAAGAAGAGAAAAUAAACCAUAAAUAACCAAUAUUUUGUUAUUAGUUAGUAAAUUAAUAAAACAAAAAAAAUAAAUAUUAUUAUCUCGUUUUGUAGUUAGUUAAAAGACCAUAAAAUUUAAAAGAAAAACAAAUGCUUUUGAAAUGCCAUUUAAACGAUAAUAUUAUGUAAAAUGAAAAAAUACAGUAGAUUAAAACGAUGAAAUCCAAAAUAACGAAAACGAGUUGAAGCUGUUAGGAAUUUUUGAUUUGUUGAACAUUUUAGAUAGUGAAAUGGUACAGUGGAAUAUUCUUAAAGUUAGUUCUCUUUUUCACAGAUCAGAGAGCUUAAGCAUUUUCUUCAGUAAAUGCUUUUUGAUUAAAAUCAAAAACACAUGUUUGUAAAUUGAAUAAACAAAUCUCCUCUAUUGAUUCACGAUGAUUCUUUUUACACUCUUAACCACUUUCCCCAGGUUUCUGAAAACCGCAAAGAAUAUUUAAAAAUUCAAAUACAGUGCGGUUCACAUGGUUAGCCGCACUAUUUUUUUCCUCAAUAAAUUGUAGUUUUUCUGUUUGUUUUUCUUAUGAACUACCAAACAAUGCAUUUAUUUGAAAGGUUAUUAAAUUCUCUUGGAAAAAAACCCAAAUUCAAAAAUAGUGAGAGACACCUAACGGUUAUUUUGAUCUCUUUCUUCCCACAAGUUCAAAAAAAACUCAAAUAAAUCGGUUCACUUUGUUAGACGCACCUGUUGAAAGUUUGAAAAAAAGAAGUUGAUCGAUUUCUUAAAUUUUUGUUUGCGUUUUUAUUAUUAUUAUAUUAUUUUUUACAGUUUCAGUACUUUGUACAACCUCCACAACUUGAAAUGACAUCAAAAAUUCAACUUUUAAGAGAUUCAUAAACUUUUUUAAAUAAUUUAAUGAAAUCUUAGACCAGCCAUCUUUUAUCGCGGCAAUAAGCUCUUCACAGCUUUCAUACUGUUUGCCUCCAUCAUAAAUUUGACGGGUCAGCCAUCCCUAAACGUUUUCUAUAAUUUUUAGAUCAGGUGAGUAUGGUGGCCACGGCAAAAAUUCCACAUUUUCACUAGCGAAAAAUGCUUUUACUACGUGCGCGGUGUGGAUCGGAGCAUUGUCUUGUUGUAAGAUCCACUGGAUUGGUCCAAAAAGCUCUCUUAUUGCUGGAAAAGCUGUUUCCAAAAGAGCUUUGUAAGAAACUCCUGCCAUUUUGUGAGAGACAAAAACCAGCUCAUAGACGCCGUAGUAUGAAAUGGCCUCCAAUACCAUUACUUCUCCUUUCUUGGAAUGAUUUCGAUUCAAAAAGCAUUCGUCUUUGCGGAUGUCAUGGAAAUAAAAAUUAUACCCAUCAGGACCAUCUAGGUUGAACUUUUUCUCAUUAGAAAACACCACAUUUCUCCAAUUUAAAACGUUCCUAAUCUGAGUAUCCCAUGUCAUGUGAAGACGCGCGAAUUCUUACCGAAGUUCCUUUCUUGCAGAGUUUAGUGGUGGUUUUUUUUAGCUUUUUGAAUUUCAAGUGUGGAGCACUUAAAAUAGUUCGACGAACCGUGGAUUUGCUGGCACUUACCCCCGCUAAUUGUCUGAUUUUCAUUGUGGAGUGUGCUGAAUUUGAGGCAAUUCUUAUUAUUUUUCGCUUCUCGUUCGGUGUUAAGGCUGUCUUUGUCCUUCCUUUAUUAUUUUUUCCGUAGGUUGCAGGGUUUGAUAAAAAAAAUUCGAACUGCUUUAUCACUUCGUCCUAUUUUACUGGCAAUUUUCCGCAUAUAAUACCCUUCUGAGUGGUAGGCCUCAAUUUUUGCUUUUUCCGACACCGUCAACAUUUUUUAUUUACCCAUUUUCACUUAAAACACUCGGAAAAACUUUUAAAACCUACACUCAUUAACCAAAUUUAAUUUGCAUUACCCAGCAUUAAGAAAAAAGCUGAUUAAAUUCGUGCGUCUAACCAAGUGAACCGAUUUAUUUGAGCUUUUUUUGAACUUGUGGGAAGAAGAGAUCAAAAUAACCGUUAGGUGUCUCUCACUAUUCUUGAAUUUGGUUUUUUUCCAAGAGAAUUUAAUAACCUUUCAAAUAAAUGCAUUGUUUGGUAGUUCAUGAGAAAAACAACAAUUUAUUGAAGAAAAAAAUAGUGGGGCUAACCAUGUGAACUGUAUCUAAAGUUGUGCAAGUUCUUUCAAACAAAACUUGAGUUUUAUUUUAAUAAAGUUCAAGAAAUAAUAGUUGGAAGUAUGUACAACACAAAUUCACUUCAAUAUUUGAAUGAAUUUUUGAAUUUGAGCUGAUGAUUAGAAACCGGUGUAACAAAACUCUUUUGACCCGGAAUACUAACAUUAUGAGGAUUCUUCUAAAAUCACAACCUUACAAAAAUUACUUUUUAUUUGUAUGUGCCCCCAUCUGUAAUUUUUUUAAAAAAUAGGUCAUAUAUUUUAUUUAAGGCUGUUAAAACGCUAGUGGAGCAUCACAUGUUAUCCAUCUAGGUUCUAAAGGGUUAAGAAGGAGGAGGAGGGUUUAAUGGAGAUUUUGGAAAGACUUCAAGUUACUUUAACCAAAAUCUGUGAGCGAUAAAAUAUUUUGAGAAUUUUGUGAGUGAUACAAAAUUUUGUUUUUCAAAACGAAGAACUUGAGUGUCCCUGAGUUUAUUUCUAUCGGCGCAAUUAAAUAAUUGCAACAUGUGUUGAUUUUAUUUUAUAUUGACUGAAUAUUUAAUUUAUUAUUUUCUUUUAUUUUUUGUUGAAGCUAAAAUUGAAUUUUGAAUAUCAUCCCAAAACAAGAAUCUACUGUAUAAAUAAUGAAAUGUUUUUAUAAAUUUGGAAUAUUUUAGAUUUAAAUAAACAAAACAAAAAAAAACAUAAAAUAACAUAGUAAAAAAAAAACAAAAA